GCCGCCGCGGGGCCCCGCCCGGCCCCCCGCCGCCCCGGCGCCCUCGGCGCGGCCCGGCGGCGGCAUGAAGCUAACGGACAACGUGCUGCGGAGCUUCCGCGUGGCCAAGGUCUUCCGCGAGAACUCGGAUAAGAUCAACUGCUUCGACUUCAGCCCCAACGGCGAGACCGUCAUCUCCAGCAGCGACGACGACUCCAUCGUGCUCUACGACUGCCAGGAGGGCAAACCAAAGAGAACACUGUACAGUAAGAAGUAUGGAGUGGACCUCAUCAGAUAUACGCACGCUGCCAACACUGUGGUCUACAGCUCCAACAAAAUAGAUGAUACAAUACGAUACCUCUCGCUGCAUGACAACAAAUACAUUCGGUAUUUCCCAGGGCAUACAAAAAGAGUGGUUGCCCUUUCAAUGUCUCCAGUGGAUGAUACUUUUAUUUCUGGAUCUCUUGAUAAAACUAUUCGACUUUGGGAUCUUCGCUCUCCAAAUUGCCAGGGUUUAAUGCAUCUCCAGGGGAAGCCUGUGUGUUCUUUUGACCCAGAGGGCUUGAUUUUUGCUGCCGGAGUCAAUUCUGAAAUGGUGAAGCUUUAUGAUCUCCGCUCUUUUGACAAGGGUCCAUUUGCUACAUUUAAGAUGCAGUAUGAUCGAACAUGUGAGUGGACAGGUCUGAAGUUCAGUAACGAUGGCAAACUCAUCCUCAUAUCAACUAAUGGAGGGUUCAUUCGACUGAUUGAUGCCUUUAAAGGAGCUGUCCUGCAUACGUUUGGGGGAUAUAACAAUAGUAAGGCUGUCACGCUGGAGGCAUCGUUCACACCAGACUCUCAGUUCAUCAUGAUAGGUUCAGAGGAUGGAAAGAUCCAUGUUUGGAAUGGGGAAAGCGGGAUGAAGGUGGCUGUGUUGGAUGGGAAACAUACAGGUCCUAUAACCUGUCUGCAGUUCAAUCCAAAAUUCAUGACUUUUGCUAGUGCAUGUUCCAAUAUGGCCUUUUGGUUGCCAACUAUCGAUGACUAAUUCCUAUGCUGCAGCUACCGUCAGGUGACUUCCAUACUGCUAACAGCAGCAUACUCACUCUCACAACGAUAGUAUUGGAAUUGCCUAGAUUUCCUUGACUGUGUUCCCGCUCCUGUGUAUGUUUCCAUAUGUCUUACCUUUAUUUGCUGCAUUCCUUUGCAAGGACUCCUCCACUUGACCUCCUAGUAUGUUCAGAAGCGGCAUGCAACUCUUUCUUACCUUCCAGUCCGUGCCCAGCAGGCUUCGCCUGAAGUUGGAACUGGCACAGUAUUAUUUCUGAGAGCAAUGGAGUCUGAUUUAUUUGAAAAAUGCUUGCGGCAGUUUUUAAGUUGUAAUUGUGUUCGCUCUUCUUUCUGUAAGUGCACAAUGCUGUUGAUGUUCCAAGGUGGAACAUGCAGUUUUUCCCCAUAAGCGCAUGUUUUUCACAUCUGGGAUCUCUUUAGUUCAUUGCAGUCCACAGAUGCAAAGUUAUUCCUGUGCCAAACGUGAACGUUGACUGUUUUUAACUCAAAUAGUAGAUGCUGGAUUCCUUUGCAGCUGAACAUGUGCUGAAAGUGUGUGUGACUGUAAAUAUGCAUUACACAGCCUAUCAUCCUUUUUUUGGUAUUUUAGUGUGCAGCAAAACAUACAGGUUUUGUCCACUGCCAGAGCUUGAAGAAGCCUCCUUGCUGUUUGCUGUGCCAGCAUCCCAGAGGGUGUGCACAGUACUGAAGAGGUCUGGUCAGUGUCCCAAGCAAUAAAGGAGUCUGUCAGCAGGAAGAUGGAGAAACCAAACUAAGACUGAAAUCAGUCUGCCUGUGUAUCUUCCUUAUGUAUCAUCUUGGCUAAUCUUACUUGUAAAUAUUGGGGGUGGGGGGAGGAGGGUAGUGGGAAUGGGCCAUAUUUUUUUACUUUUAGAUAUUAAAGAAUAUGAUGUGGGCCAGUAUUGUGGGCUGUCUAGGCUGUUUACCUUCACCAAUACAGUUUUUCCCUCCUGGUUUGUAAAUAAGCUCCAUUAAACUCUCCCCAAACUGGGUUUAGACCUGUAUCCCUUUUGUUGAUGAAGAUGGCAUGCACAGUUAGUUCAUCGUGCAUUUUGUUACAGGCUGUGCAGGUUUUCAGUGAUCGCAUUGAAAGAGCGAUGCUUCCCUUGUCAAAUGGAGUCUACAGAAUUGGAUACAAAAUCUUACAUGUUCAAGAGGCACUCUGACUUUGCUUUGCUGUGGCCCGGCUCCGAGGAAUGCCCCUGCAGGAGAUGAGAGGGGGAAUGCUCUCCUGCUCCGGAGGGGCUUGCUGGGGUACAGUACAAAAAGGCUGGCAAGCCAGUCUUCAAGCCUGGUUCCAGUUUCUUUUUCCUGAAGCACUGCAUUGAUCAGAUGCAUCCAGCAGUAGGCUGGGAAAGGUUCAGUGUAAACAUGUUGUUAAUUGUAUUCCCACUUUGCCAAACACUCCUGGUUUUAUUUGCUGGGUCCCAGCUUGGAAAGUCUGUUCUUUCCCUCACCUUGCCACAUGUACUUCCCCUCUCCUAAAUAUAAAAGGUUGGAAAGGUGACAAAACAAACAUGGAAACGGGUAUGUUCUGUGUGCUUUAAGUAUCAGUCCAUACUGGAAAACAGUGCUGUAGCGUUUUACCUUAGGUCGGUGGUCUAGAUGUUCCAUAUUACAGCAAAGUUUCUCGACUGUGGGGCCCUGUAUAUAAUGCAGAGCAUGUCUCCCUAGAGAAGUAAAUUAGCCUGUAAACAGCUUCCCUCUGUUUUGCUUUGCCUUGCAUUUUUUACAGCACUUGUCAGUGGAAAUGUUCUGUGCUAACAGCUGGGGAUGUGGAAUGAGCAUUUCUUUACUGCUGGUUCCUUUGAAGUAGUAAUGCAUGUUGAGCUGCAGCAUUUGUUAGUGACAGGCACACCGUGUCGUCAGAAGGACUGCUGUGCAUGAGGCAGUCUGAAAAACUCAGUGUUUGAAUCUGUGCUUGAAGUUGCUGUUCUGGCUUUGUGACUUGCCUCCGCUAGCGCUACUGCGUACACUUAGAGCCAUCUCUAAUGGCGUCGUCUGUGUGAUGUGAGUUUGUCUGUUGCGCAGACUGGAGGAGGGAAGGGAACGGUGGACUGAUGAUGCUUUUGAUCUUGCCAAACAGUUCUGCUGUUGGAGUUGCAGACGAGAGAUUCCUUUGUACCGCUACAGCAGCAUCCCUCCUCCUGGUGUGUACUGUCCUGCUGUCGCCUCUAAAAUGCCAAGGGCAAAGGAAGAUGGAUAGCUUGGUCUUCACAGUUGACUAGGUCUCUGCAACCACUUCUUAACCUCAGUGUUGUUGCAUUCCAGGCUGCUUGGUGCUAUUUCACCAUUGUCAGUGUUUCUAUAAGCAGUGGUUUGUAACAUAUGGGUAUUUUGGGUUAGUGGUGCGUUUUAACGGUUUGACCUUAGCCUUCAGUAGCAAAUUGUCUUUCAAGGUUUUGUAAAGUCUAUUGCCUGAAAGAAGUGAACAGAUAGCCCCCAGCCAUUUUUUUCUUAACUUUAACAGGCAAGCAUUUGGAGGUCUUUUCUUUCUAAAAAUGUUCUUUGCUAAUGUUUUGAGCUCUUGUCUAAAGGCUGUUGUUCAUUUCUCUUCUGCUUGCAGUGUUGUAAAUCUUUGUGCAUUGCAGUGUGAAAUUUUUUUUUUUUUUUAAAAGAAACGAUGAUCAAAGUACUGAUCUAGAAGGACACGUAGUAAGAACAUCACUGGCUUUCUGGGGUGAAGAUAAAUCUACAGGUUCAUGCACAACACAGCACUAAUGCUCAGUUCAAAAUUAAACGGAAUGCUUUUCCGGGGCCGAUUGCCACCCACGCAAUGGCAAAGACUUCUUUCUCGGCUGAUGUAGUGGUGAACAUUUCCCAUCUGCCUUUAGAAGAUGGAAAUGAGCCAAGUCUUGUCAAGAAACUUCAGUACCACUUGUUUCUAUAAAAUCUGACAGAAUUGAAAGGUGAAUAAAGGUUUUAGCUUCUAACUUUUACAUGCUUCUCUAAAAGUAUCAGGACUGCAAUUCUUAUGCUCUUAAGGUCACCCAGCUAAUCAGAAACAUACCUCAUUAAAAAUAGCACUCCUACAUCUAACACAGAGUGUCCAACCCUGUGAAGAGCCAAACAGGAAACAGCUUUCCAUUCCCCCCAAACUUGAGAUUUAAAAGAUGAACCCCCUGUUCUGCUCUGGGAUGAAAUAAAGACCUUUCUUCAAAAUGGAGGAUGUGCUAGACUCACCAGCCUACCCCUAAAUAAGCAGCAGCGUUGGCCCACCACAUCUGCUUGGGUUGUAGGAAGCUUGGGUGUAAUUCUCCGAGUUAGUCUUUGAGAGAGUGUUUUCAGACUCCCACAUCCUUGGUCAAUAUCCCAGCCUCUGCUCUGGGGGACGUAGAAGCAAUUGAGUAAAGAAAUUUGGAAUCAGCAGUGUAUCUUUUUCCAAUCCCACUUCUGGCUAUAUUUGCACUUUAAGAGUCUUCACCUUAUUUUUUGGUCAGAGGUUAGGGUCCUGUUGAGCCUUUCAGAGAAGCUGUUCUCUUUGGUUGUGAGUUGGUAUUGUGAAUUUAACUCCUAGGUGGUAUCUGCCAGAUAAGUGUAAAUAUAUGAAGUCAAAUUAUGCUUUGUCACAAAAUACUACAUAUGUAGAGAAUUCAGUGUUGUGGCUGUUAUCAAUAAAUAUUUUGUAGACAGA